CUUACCUUCCAAGAUUCCAUUAACUUAUCUCCAUAUAACCAGUCAACCCAAGCCUGCAAACAUGUCUCGCAAGACUACCCCGACUCCCGCCAUGUAUAACACCGUGGAUUCAUCUAUCAUCACCGUUGUAGUCGGUCCUGAGAGCAACCAUCGAUCCUUCAAGGUACAUGAGCCGCUCCUUAAGGCCCGAUCUGAGAACUUCGAGAACGCCUUAAAACCUGGCCGAUCCAUCGAAGGUGACGAGCGUGUGAUUCGCUUCCCGCAUGAGGAUCCUGAGAUCUUCUCCUUGUAUUCACGUUUGCUUGAUCUCUACGAUAAGAUCUCCUUCUUUGAUGGAAAGGAGCAGCCUCCUGCGAUCCCGGCCGAAGCUCUCCGCGCACUCUUCCAAGGCCUGCCAGACUGUCUAGAUGGUGACGACCUCUGCCUAGCAACUGCGUGCCGAUACAAUAUGUACGGCACAGAUCAUGGCACAGAGCUUUCAGAUCAUUUGAAACUUCUGCGGGCUAGCGUGGAGUCCAUGCCCGUUGAGUUCUUACGCACGCUCAUCUUCGAUCUGUACGAAGAUCGUCCGCCUAUGAAAGAAUGGGACCAUGCUCAAGAGCAGAUCAAGAAGAAAGACAAGGAGAUCAAGCGACUCGAGACACGCCUAGCUGAGCUUGAGAAUUGUGGCUGUAUAUGCUUAUUCGCAUGGCUCGCCACUGUUCACUGCAAUUGCACUGCCAGGCUGGAUUAUCUAUGAUUCCUAUGACGAUCCUGACGCCCUGUUGCAGAAGGCCACUGUAGUAGAUUACCUCCUGUCUUUUUGUAUUUGUUUGUGUUUUAACGAUAUCUUUGGAUCACAUGUUUCACCAAUGGGAUUAACAACCAAC